UGAGCCAUCAAUUUCCGAUGACUGUACUUGUAAUUUUUUUUAUUAUAUGCAGUGAGCUAAGUUGAAAAUUAACUUCAGUUCAUUUUUUUUCGAAGUUGGUUGUUUUUAUAGUGAUGCAUGCACCUUUUAGAUCAUUACUGUCCUUAUAUCACAAGGUUACUUUGAGUAUGUUUGUAAAUACUCCAUGCAUAAAAAAUACAGUGAUCCUUCCAAGAAAGUUUAAGUAUCAAACCUAAAAAUUCAACUAAACAUCUUGCUUAUUUUUCUAAACAUAAAUUAAUGGCCUGCCACCGCUGACAUCUGUAAAAAAUCACUAUGACAAACAAAAUGUGUCUUUUGUUGCCUGGAGAACUCCGUGGACAGAGAAGUCUGGCCUACACUCAGAGGAGUCACAAAGAAUCCGACACGACUGAGCAAAUAACACUUUCACUUUUUCACUUAAACUGUGAUUUAAAAGUACUUGUUACUUUGCACAACACAUUGGGGAAAUAGGUUUUUCCACAUGGCAUAUUCUUACUUUGAUCCUUAUUUUUUUGAUCCUUAAUUUUUAUAGUAGAUUUUUUGCUCUCCACCUAAAGUUCAUUUGCUCUCCACCUAAAGCAAAGUGUCUAUAGAAGCUGAGGUCCAUCAAUCUCCAUUCUUCAAAAUGCAAUGGAAUGUACCAAAGACUGUAUUCCGACUGGCACAUAGGACGUGCAUGGAACCACAUAAAGCCGGUCUUUUGGGACACUGUCAAAACAUAAAGGGACCGUUACUUUUGUAUACCCCGGAAUCCAGAGUGGUUGUGGUACAGGGCCCUCAGAAACGAUGGCUGCACUUACCCACUGCCCAGUGUGUUGCAAAGGAAAGGAAGCCAUUCAUUACUGUUCCAUCCCAACCAGGGGUCUUUCACCAUAAACAGUGGGAGCAGGAUAUCUUAUCCAAGAGAGUUCUGUCAUCCAGUGCCACAUCCUCAGGACAUCCCUCCGAAAAAAAGGAAGAACCUGAUCCAUUACAAGACAGAUCUAUUAGUCUUUAUCAACGAUUUAAGAAAACAUUUAGACAAUAUGGAAAAGUUUUGAUUCCAGUGCAUCUAAUAACUUCUGCUGUUUGGUUUGGAACAUUUUACUAUGCAGCCAUAAAAGGAGUGAAUGUCGUUCCUUUUCUAGAACUUAUUGGGUUACCUGACAGUAUAGUGAACAUUCUGAAAAAUUCCCAGAGUGGAAAUGCACUAACAGCAUAUGCCCUGUUUAAGAUUGCAACGCCUGCGCGGUACACUGUAACCCUGGGGGGGACCUCCUUCACUGUGAAGUAUCUGCGUAGCCGGGGCUACAUGUCAACGCCACCCCCCGUGAAGGAGUACCUGCAAGACAAGAUGGAGGAAACAAAGGAGCUCCUCACAGAGAAGAUGGAGGAGACAAAGGACAGACUCACUGAAAAACUGCAAGAAACCAAAGGAAAGGUUUCUCUUAAGAAAAAAGUGGAAUAGGGUGCCUUAUAUACCAGGUUUUAGACAGCUCUUGCACUUGAACCUUUGGAGACUAUGGACAAAGGUACAUGCUCUUGAUUUUUUUUUUGGUUAGCAGCCUAAAUAUAGCAGUUCUCUUGAGUUAAAGAACUGAGAUAACUUUAAACAUUACUAGAAAAAUCAGUUUUUUGAAAAGAAAAAAUGAACCCAGUAUAAGAAGCACUAUAAGAAUUCAUGGCAGUAGCAGCAUUAAGCAGUGGUCCCUGUCUUCAGUCAUCCUUGCUUUGGACUUAGUUGCAGCUGCUGACUCCUUGAAUAGCUGGUGUGGCUGUAAGCAGAUUUAACACUGGAUCUUCAUCUUUAUUAUUCACUGAGGCUUUAACUGUGUUCAGUUCUCAAUAUGGAGACAAAGGAUUAUCAUCAGAACUGCCUGUGACUGUGAGGAUAUGUAGUCCUUCUGUGAAGACUAUAUAAUGGUUACAUAUCAGUUAAAAUGUAGACUUCAAAUGAAGAAAGCUGAAUGAAAGUUGAGUCAUAUAUAUAUAUGUAAAUAAGAUGUAUGGUUACAUGUAAAUGAAAAAUUGACCCUUUAAAAAUGACUUUUACCUGAAGCUUGCCAUAAUCAAAUUUUUAAGCAAAUCUAUGUGGCCAUAGCACUUUGUCACCCAGCACAUAAAACUCUUGUUAUUCCUACAUCAUGUCCUCUCCAGCUGAUCUCUCAGAGGAAAAGAGAAAUCAUUAUACCUGAAGUUUAUAGUGGGGAUCAAAUGCCCACAGCAGUGCCUGGAGCUUGUGUUCUCAGCAGUGCAGUUCUGGGAGUGUGGGACCUUCCUGUCCCUGCCAUCUGGUCUCCACCUGCCAGAGUCAGGCUUGAUUCCAUUAUGGAGUAUCAUUUAAGAUUGUAAACACUGUUUGCUCCUUGCAUUGAAACAUUCUUACUUGAACAUUUUACUUAAUUUUUUUUAAAUAGCAAAGCUUUCAUUAAAACCAGCUUCAAAUGAAAUUCAGUCAUCGUCAGAUGAGAAAGUUGUCACUUCUAAGUGAGUGUGAUUCCUUCUGCUCUGACUGCCUUUACUCCAGUUCUAACCUUAGAAUUGAAAGUGGGAACGGCCUCUUUUGUAGCUUGUCUGUUGUGAGUGAUCUGAUUCAGUAAGAGGAUGCCAGAGGGAUUGCCAGAAAUAGUCCCACAGGCAUCACCGUCACUUUGUGUGCCAAAGUGGCCAAAUUUAGAGAAUAUUUUGAAGGGAAAAAAAAUGUUUACAUUUGAUAUGUCUCUUGUGUUGGAUAUGCUGUGGUAACUCUCUUCUUGGUCGGGGAAGGCAGAGUAUGAAGGGGCAGAACUCACUCUGCCACACGAAGGGUUCAUCAGGCAGGAUGGUUUAUCUGCUAAUGCAGAUCAAACGUGUGAUUCCAAAUUCACAGCCCUUUUUCAAAUCCAGAAACAGUGAACCUGUUUUAACUUAUUAAAUAAUUCAUAUCUUGUGAAUGUUAAAUGCUGAGAUAGAUAUUAACAAAUUUCUUGUUUAUUUUUAGUCACUGAGACUGCCUGGUUUAAAAAUCAUGUGUUAAAUGAAACUUUCUUUUUACUUUUCACGCUGCAUAGGGCAUGUUUUCCAAUGAGGAUAAAUCGUGGGUCUAAGAAGCUGCGUUUCCACCUUUGGUUCAGUCCAUUGGAGAUCUGCUGCCAUCCAGUUUCAUAACUCUCUUGUGUUUAUUCAAUUACAGAAAGUGAGAUGCUGGGGAGUGCUUUGAAAUUCUCUAGUAAAAUGUUCUCUGAAGGUAUAAGAAGUUCUUUUAUCAUAUUUGGUAUCAGGAUUACUUGAUCUUGUCAAACACUUCUGCUCUUAUCUUGCCAACCUAGUCCUUAAGGGAAGCUACAGAGAGCCGAAAGGGGGACCCCUGGAGUGUCUAUAUGGAGUGUUUAUAGCAGGCCAGUAGCACACAUAGUGGGCACUGAGUUAAAUUAUCCAGAAUGUGUAUGUGGGGUAAGUAUCACGACCCAUUUCAUUUACAGUAAGCCUAAACUUGCUGUGUCUGGUGUGUGCAUCUGUUUUUAAGUAGGAUUGCUGACAAGGUAAAGGAGGAGUCAUGGCUGAGACUUAACGUCUACAAAAUGGAAAAAAGUGCUCAACAAAUUAACGAUUGAAACAAAAAAUAGAUUAGGUUAAAAAAAAAGAGACCAUUCAAGAAAAAUAGUGAAACCAACCUUUUAAAGUAUCAAAACAAUUUUAUUUUUUUUAACUGAAUCAACAUUUUGCAUAUAGCGGGGUGCUGUUUGCAGCUUCCAACAAAGGGAAGAGUACAUAUAUUAAGGUCACCUUCCUGCCACUAGUGAAAAUAAGACUAUGCCUUCAAAUAUAGUCUUUAGUUUGUUUUAGAAUCUACCUUCUGUUUAUUUAUGGACGGAAGAUGUUACUGUAGUCCUUUAUGCUCCAGUGAGAUAUGAAGCUAUUGGCUGUCUUAUUUCAGUAA